AUCACUCUCCCAUCACGUUUAUGGCAGAAUCCGCCAGCUUAAUCUUAAUCCAAUUCAUCAUCAUAUCUCUCUCUCUCUCUCUCUCUCUCUCUCUCUAACCCUCAAAACCCUCCUUCCUCUUUCUCUCUCUAAAACUCUCUAAUGGAAGACGACGACGAGUUUGGCGAUCUGUACACCGACGUCCUUCGACCCUUCCAAUCCAAACAACCUUCUCCCACCCGUCCGAUCGAUCUCAACGCCAUUCACAGCGACGAUGAAGAAGAGAUUCUUUACCCAGCUUCUAAUUCUAACCCUAACCCUAACCCUAACCCUAAAUUCAAUUUCACGAGCUCUCACCUCAAUCAAGCCCCAGUCUUUAAGUCAGAAAAGGAGGGUUUAGCAGAUGGGGUAACCAGUUUGGCAUCUGAUUUUCCACAACCAAGUGAAACUAAGGGUUCGGAAAGUGGAAGGGGUUUUGUGGAUCUGAAUUUGAUGGAUGAAUCAGGGAUUGAUGUUGUUGUCGAGGAGAGUGAUGAGAAAGAUGACGUGUUGGUCGAAAAAGACGAGGUCUUGAUGGACAAGAAGGAGAAUUUUGAGGAGUUUGAUAUAGAUGAAGAGGUUUGUGAUACUGGGAUUGGGGAUAUGGGUUCGGGUCCGUUGAUUCCGGGUAUUACCGGGGUUUCCAAUCGGGUGGAAAACGGGGGUAAUGAUGGGAGUGGAGAGGGGGAUGACUGGGAUAGUGAUAGUGAGGACGAUUUGAAGAUUGUGCUGAAUGAAAAUAACCACGUGGGUAUGGUGAUGGAUGGGAAUGGAGUGAUGGGAAGUGAUGAUGAUGAGGAUGAAGAUGGUGAUCCUUUGGUUAUUGUUGCGGAUAGCGAACCGGGUCAUCAGGGGAUGGAAGCGCAAGAGUGGGGUGAAGAUGCGGCGCAGGCCAUGGACGGUGAGAGAAAAGAAUUGGGAGGUGAUGCAGGUAAAGUAAUUGGAGGAGCGGGCGUUGUGCCGAAGAUAGGGUACAGCAAUCAUGUUUAUCACCCAUAUCAUUCUCAGUUUAAGUAUGUGAGGCCUGGUGCAGCACCGAUACCUGGAUCAGCUCUUGUGGGCCCUGCAGGAGCCCCAGGUCAAGUUCGUCCGCCAGUCCACGUGGGCCCUGUCGCUGGUCGUGGCAGAGGUGAUUGGCGGCCAUUGCAGAAAAGUUUUCACCCCGGGUUUGGUCCUGUUUGGGGGAAUAAUACAUCAGGGAGGGGGUUUGGCAGCGGGCUGGAUUUCACACUUCCGUCACACAAGACUAUAUUUGAGGUUGAUGUUGAUAGUUUUGAGGAAAAACCAUGGAAGCUCCCUGGCAUUGACGUGUCAGAUUUCUUUAACUUUAGCAUGAAUGAGGAUAGUUGGAAAGGUUAUUGCAAACAGCUGGAACAACUUCGUCUGGAGACAACAAUGCAAAGCAAAAUUCGUGUCUAUGAAAGUGGGAGAACAGAACAGGAGUACGAUCCAGAUCUGCCUCCAGAACUUGCUGCAGCUGCUGCUAUUCACGAUAUUUCAUGUGGAAAUGCAAAUCUUGUUAAGAUGGAUUCGGGACAAAGUGACGUAUCAAAAGGAUCUACGCGGGUGCGACCACCAUUGCCAACUGGGAGAGCAAUACAGGUGGAAACUAGUUAUAGUGAGCGUCUCCCAUCCAUGGAUACCCGGCCACCAAGACUUCGUGAUUCCGAUGCCAUAAUUGAGAUUGUUUUGCAGGACUCUGCAGAUGACGCAGAGCAAGCAGAAAAUGAUCCCUCAGGAGAGGCUUUUACAGAAGACCAUGAAAUUGGAAGUGGUGUUGCAAAGGAAGAUGGCAAACGUUUUCCACCUGCCUAUAAUGGUGGAAAGAGGGAAGUUCCUGGUAGAACAGCACCUUUAAUAAGAUCUAUUCAGGAUACGGUAAUCGAAGGGGAUGGAAGUUUGCCUUUUCCCCCCAAAGCACAGGUUCAGUAUUCUCCGGAUUCUAAGGUGAAGAACUCUGCAUAUCCUGGCGGAGAUGUUGGCACCCUCCAUGAAGCGAGACGGACAAAGGGAAGAGCUCAUGGAAGAUCACCCAAUACGACCCAAUAUGACAGUCAGAAGGAAGAUUCCGUAGAAGGCAUUAGUGGGAAAAGUAGUCAAUUAUCAUCUCCUGUCACUGUUGGGAGUGACGAAGAGCUUGAUGUAGAACAUGUUGAUGGUUUGCACGAUGAGGUGGUGGUGGCCGAUGGAAGCUCUGGAGUGGAUAGAGAAGAAUUGGUCUUGGAUACACCUGCUACUAGCACUCAGGAAGAUGAAAAUCAAUUGCAUUCUGUGAAAAAACAAAAAUUAAGCUCUCGAGUUGAACAAUCUUCUUCCCUUCAGGGAACGGAUGAUGGACGGGACAUUAAGAGCUCAAGAAGUAGGGAAAACAGCAAACCAAGGAAGUUGAUGCGCGAUAUUGUUCACAAUGAACAUUCUACACACACAGGGAAGUCAAAGAGGUUGCACGGUGAAGGUGAGCAUGGUGUCAGAGGUAAAGGUCGUGAUGAGAUGCAUGAAAUGGAAAAACACCGUUUGGUGGAAAAAGUUAGGGAGGAUUCUUAUUCUCAUAGCGAUUGGGAUCCAUAUUCAUCCCAUCCCUUGCAAGGGAAAUAUGAAGGCAUAGACAGGCGAAAGGAGAGAGAGAAUUCGGAUGGAUCUUGGCAUCGGCAAGAUGUCGAUCCACAUAUUAGAAGGACUAGAGCUGAGGACACAAAUAAGCGAGUGCGUGGUGACAAAAUAGGGUCUAGGAACCGGAACAAGGAAGAUGUAGAUCUGCAGUUGAGGAAGCAGUUGGAAAAUGGUAAUUUAAGGAGCCGUUACGAUAAAGAUGUGGAAUCACGACGUGGAGAAAGGGAUGGUAAUUUGAAGAUUCGAUAUGAGGACAUGGACAAUAAUCUUCAUAGAAAAGCAAGAAAGGAAGAGGAAUAUUUGAGGAGGGAUGGUGGAAAGGAAGAAAUCUUGCAUGGCCAUAGAGAAAACAUGUCAAGUCGUCCAAAGCGAGAAAGGGAUGAUUAUUUGGAUCAGCAUAAGAGUAAGAGAGAUGACCAAGUGAGAAUGAGAGAUGAAGAUCGCCAUUUUGCCAGACAUAAAGAAGAUGGCAGGAUUCAGAGAGAGAGGAGUGAGAGGCAUAGGGAGAGGGAUGAGUUGCAAAAGAUCAAACAAUCACAUGAAAGCUUACCAAAGCAGGAAAGAGAGGACAGGCGGGGAGGAGUUAGAGUGAAGGAUGAGUAUAAGGAUUCUGACAGAGAUUACCAAUUUAAAGACAAAGGGCGGCAUAAUGAGCAACUUGAGAGAAGGGGACAAAUUGAAACCAUGAUGGGAGAGGAUGUCCAUGCACGCAGAAACCAACUCAGUAAUGAUGAGAGAAGAUCAAGGCAGGAAAGGGCAAGUGCUCGUGGUGAUUAUGUUGUUAGUGGUUCUGAUAAUGAUAGAGCACAUGAGAGAAAACAUAAAGAGAACACAAGGAAGAGUAGAGAAUCUGAGGCUGUGUAUCAGAACUCCAAGGGUGUUUCCAAAAGGAAUCAAGAAGACCAAAGUGGUCUGGUGAAUGAUCCGGUGAUAUCGAGAGGCACAACUGAGCGGGGAACCAAUAAGAACGAGAUGUUUCUGAACCGUCACUCUUCCAAAAAACAUAAGGAACAUGCUUCUUCAGAUGAUGAGCAGCAAGAUUCUAGAAGAGGACGGUCCAAAUUGGAACGUUGGACAAGCCAUAAAGAGAGGGAUUUUACUAUUGCCACCAAGAAGUCAUCAUCUUCCUUGAAGGUCAAAGAUAUAGACAGGGACAACGGCGGUGGCCCUUCCUUAGCCAGCAAGAAGCUUCUAGAUGAAACCCUCAUCAAUCAGCAUCCCCCAGUUGACGAAAAAGAUGAUGACAAUCCAGAGAUUAAGAACGUAGAUGGGAAACCCUUGGAGGAUAAACACUCAGACACAGUUGAAAAGUUGAAGAAGCGAAGUGAGCGGUUCAAGCUUCCAAUGCCGAGUGAGAAGGAAGCAAUUGUGAUUAAAAAGAUGGAGAGUGAACCAUUGCCUUCAACCCAAAGUGAAGUUCGUGCAGAUUCAGAGGUCAAACCGGAGCGUCCAGCUCGUAAGCGGAGGUGGAUAGGUAGUUAGUUCGAAAACCAAGCAGUCGAUUGUCAUUAUGUAUUGUGCCACUCUUUUGAGCGCCCCUCAUGCCCAAUGGUGUAAUAUGCCAUUUGUAGUGUUAUUUUGACUUUGUAACCAUGCCGCCGCCGUAUACACUUAUCUCUAUUGUAUAUAUACCGUGGAGUGUAACAUUGCUUCGGCAAUGGAUGGUGGCACAGGAUUUGUAUUUUUUUAGCUACCAGUAACAUUUAUUCCAUGUAUUCAUUUAAAGAGAUCAUAAACGGUUGCCAGUAA